GCAAAGAUACAACCAGUGGACCAUGGCCACAGCUCUUAGAGCUCCUUGAGCUGGAGCCGUCUCAUACCAUGCUCCCGAAGUCGUCCCAGCUUCUGGCGUGGAUUGAGACGCAUGAAAAGGCCUUUGAGGAAGGUUCCCUGGAGCAUUGGAUUGCCUACAGAAUCGCCACAUGUCUUGAGCAAGAGCUUGAGGAUGCGGAAGGAGUCCGCACUGUGGCUGCCCAGCUCCAGAUACCACGGAAGCAAAAUGGUCGAGGGGACUUCUGCUUUCUGGUUGCAAACAUAACCACCCACCGACGAGAGAUCCACACGUGGAUCGGUCAGCAAAGUGCUGAUGCUUUUGCCAUUCAGGAAACUCACCUCCUCCCUCAGCCUAUGAAGGAAGCGCAGAUCAACUAUGAUCGAGGCAAGUGGAGCACCAAUGGUAUCCCGGCCCACGACACUGGCAAGGGUACGUCUGGAGGUCUGCUUCUAGGGGCCAAAACCCACAUCAAUAUGCGGGAAGGACCCAGAUUUUCCAUUCAGGGAAAGGGCUUUCUGUUUGGGGUUUUCCGUUUUCCAGGCUACGAUAUAGCCAUUGGAACUGUCUAUCUUGAGAGUGGAGUCGGACCCGACUCUGGGCUGAACCCCAGGAUCUUGGCGGAAUUGAUGACGGUCAUUGAGUCCUUUUCCUGCUGCUGGAUUUUGGCGGGUGAUUGGAACUGCUCGUGGGAUGAUCUCCAGCAAUCCUCUUUUCCCCGCCUUUCACAGGCAGGGGUGGUCCUGCCCGAUCAGGCUACCACCACCCAGGGCAGUACCCUGGACUAUGCCCUCUGUUCGCGUGAGCUGGUGGGCCUGCUCGUUCCCACAGUCACGUGGGACGUCCCCUUUCGUCCCCACGCUGGUAUUUCCUACAACCUGCAGGUCAGUGGCUUGGGCACCCCUGUCCUGCAGUCCAAGGUGUUUACCAGAGGAUGCCUGGAACAACCCAGAGACCUGCCCCGACCACCCGACCCCUGUCGAGUCUCUUUCCUUCUAGAGGAAGCGUCUUCACACCCGAGAGAUACCUCGUGGGGUGGCUUUGUUAGAUGGCUGGAGGCCACCACGUGUGAAGAUGGAGAACAGGGCCGAGCAUGGAGGGUCGAGGCUGAGUUCAAACCUCUGGUUAGGCCCACCUCCCCAGACUAUCCAUGGAUGGGUCGCAAGCAUGGAUUUUGGAGUCGGUUGGCGCUUUGGGUUUCCCAGGCGGCCAUGAACAAACUCAAUACCAGGGUCAUCCCUGCGGUCCUGCGGCACCUGGAGCAAGAGGACCAAGACCUUGAGCUUGAGGGCAUUGAUGUCCCAGCUCUCAGAUCAUGUCUGUACGAAGCCAUCAAAGCAGGUGCCGUGCCCUCUCAAACCCUCCUCGAUGACUUAAAAAAGGCCACCACGGCUAGGCCCUACCGGGACCUCCCGCUUGAGAUCCGGCCUCAUGCCAGAAGGGCCGCUUGGAUGCACCUGUGGCAGCCAACUUCGACAGUUCGCUUGGGCAAUGAGGAUGCUUUUCUCACUCUCAAGCAGCAAGCAAUCAAGCAGUUCAGGGACCUUGGGCCUCUUGCGCCCUCUGAGCUUGCCAAGGUCAUUAAAAAGCUGGCCCCCAAGGUUCCGGGCCUCGAUGGCCUGACUGCAAUGAUGCUCAAGCAGGCCUCCACGCCCCAGCUCCAGGAGCUUGCGGAUCACAUUGCAGCUUGGGAAAGCAGUGGGGCCAUGCCAGGCCCGGUCCUCACGACAGGCGUCGCCAUGCUUCCCAAAAAGCCUGAAAGGGAACGACCCAUAGGACUUACUUCCUUCGGGUAUCGUCUUUGGGCCCGGGCACGUUGGCCUUUGUACGAAAAGUGGGCGGAGCAAUACUCUGAUGCUGCUCCGUGGGAUGGCGCCAAGAAGGGCAUGGCGUCGUUGGAUAUAGCCCUGACCCGUUUGGUUCGCGGCGAAAUCCAACACCAUCUCAAAAAGCAGGGCACUACCCUGCUGCUUGAUUUGAGGGAAUUCUACGAGCAUGUUGGCUUGUUGCAACUUGUUCUGCAAGCCCAACAGCACGACUUCCCUCCCCUUAUCUUGCACCAUUGCUUGUCGCUUUACACCCACUCCAGAUACAUCUGCACGGAGGAGACCUUGUCUGCCCCGGUCAAGCCAACCAGAGGCAUCAUUGCUGGAUGCCCCUAUGCCCCGGGGUUGUCCAAGCUUGUGAUGCACCCGGUUAUGUCUGAGUUAUGGGCCGACCCAAACUUAGACCACUGCGACUUGUACAUCGAUGACUCCAGUUUCGACAUUGAGGGCAAGUCGACUACGGAAGUGGUGCACAAGUCUUUGAAAGUUUGGCGACACGUCAAGCAAGCCUUUCAGGCCCAGCACCUCCCAAUCUCUAUUGGCAAAUCGGCAUGGGUCUGCUCCAGCCGGGCCAUGGAGAAAAAGCUUGCUGAACACUUGGGACCUGAAGAUCCCAAAAUCCAAUCCUGUUGGAGAGACUUGGGGAUUGACUCGGCUGGAGGCAAGCGCCGGCGAGCAUGCAAGAGCGGUUCUCGGGCCACGGAGAGCCUUGGAGGAUCGCGGCAGCCCCUGGGAGCCACUCUUUGCUACGCAAAGGACAUGGGUUGGACGGCCCUCUCCCUUACCCAGUGGAGGAUUGAUGGCGAACUUUGGUGUGUUGAGGACCCAGUUCAGCUGGAGAAGGUGGUCAAGCUGAUCCACCGCCACUGGGCAAGGAAGCGCAGUGAUGCAGUCAGCGGGUUGGAAGCCUCUGCCGCGCUGAAAGCCGGAGUCGACUGGACUGUUGGCAAAAAGAUCCUUAAGAGCACCUGCUAUGACUGCAAGUGGUGGCAAGAAAACCAUCCAGUCCCUGCAGCAGUCCAGACAGCUUUGAGCCAGCUGCCCACUUGUGUCAAGGUCAGGGGUCUCCCGCCAGUAUCCCCGACGUCACCCAACCCACGGGACAUCAAGCUCACGGGGUUAUGGAAACAGGCUACGAAGUUGGACGACCCUCAGCUCAAGUUUGCAACGGAUGGGUCCCCAGGCUGCACAGGUGAUCCGCGCUGCUGGCGGAUGACAUGGGCGGCAAUAGCCUUUGUUUGCCGGGAAGGCAGCAUAGAGGUCCUGGCCACGGCCACGGGCCCGGUGCCAGGUGAUCAAACAGUAUUCCGGGCUGAGGCUAUGGCCCUCCUUUUCAUAGCCGAGCAUACGACAGGUGAUGUUGACAUCACCAUGGAUGCAAAGAGUGUUAAGACCAGGGUGGAGCGACGUUCGCUGGGCAAAACCUCCCUGGACCUUUUCACUCCCCUCCGGGAGCAAUCUGAUCGCUUACACCUUCGCUGGAUUCGAAGUCACCGGUCCCCUGAGCAGCACUGUCAAGAGUUUGGGGCCGAGACCAAGUGGCGUUGGCUAGCCAAUGGGGUGGUUGACAAGCUGGCAGGAGACGAGGCUAAUGGAGCCAGAGACCUCGCUUUUGAGGCUCAGCUCCAGGCCCUCGAUAAGGCAACUCAUAGGGUGCAGGGUUUCCUGGCCGAAAGGGUCGCUCUCUUGUUUGGCUAUGAUAAAGAUCAAGGCCCGCAGGUGACCUUUGACGGGGAGUCUGUCCCUGCCUCCAAGCAGGCUCGACCCUCGGGUCUUUGCCGAAAGAAGCGCAAUCCAACGAGCCAGGAGUCCCAACCGAAGCCUCCCCCAGAGCACUCGGACAACCCCAACAAGAGGGACCUACUCAGGGCUGUGGUGAGUAACCCGCCCUUGGGCCAUCAGUGGAUCUGGACUUCAGAGCACCAAA